UUGCUCGGGCGCUGCUGCGCUGUACGGACGGGUUCGCUGCAACUCUUCAGCAGCCGCGCCGUCGAGGUUCUGCUGGGAAUCUCAUCGUCUCUGCUCGCGGCGCGACACCGCGGCGAGGCGACCGCAAUGGCGCGCUACAGCGAGGGCGUCAUCGCGUUCCUGGCAGCCGUCUGUGCGAUCGGCCUCGCGCCGGCGGCGGACGCGGCCAUCAAGGCCGACCAGGCGUACUGCCUGCAGUUCACGUGGGUGGGCCCCAACUACGACAACUCCACCUUCGACAACAAGACGUGCUCCGAGCUCAAGUACGAGGCGUGCACCGGCCCGCUCGUCGUCACCAACGACCAGACGCCGCCCAACACCACCUACCUGUGGCACACCUACGGCUCGCAGGUGGCCUGCCGCCUCACCAAGGGCACCGUCUGCAUCAAGUGGGUCUACAGCUUCAGCGGGUCCGCGGAGUACAUCACGUACAUGUGCAGCAAGAUCUCGGUGCAAGGCGAGAGCGCAAUGACGUCCGGCUGCGAGGAGCAGAAGACGAACGACAGCUACACGAAGCAGGUGUGCGCGUGUCGCUCCUACGCCGGACAGAUGCCCUGCAACUCCGCCCCAGCUCCUUCCUCCAUGCACCUGGUCGCCGCGCUCGCCGCGGCCGCUUUGCUCGCUGUCGCGGCCCGCAACAUGGCGUCCUGAAGCCGCGCGAUACGUUAAAAGGAGCAUCACAUACUUUCAAUCUGCACGUUAUUCGAAGUUGUUAGAAGAUUGCUUAUCGUGAGGGAAAAACCCCUACCAUAUUGCAAGGAUUGAUAUAUUUUACGGCCGUAGAUUAUUUUAAAGAACAUUAACCUAACUUCCUGGAAAAAAUAAAGUACCAUUAUUUAUUACACUGACCGAACCUAACCUUAACUAAACUUAUAUCUUCGGUAAAAUUAGGAACUGUUCGGAUUGUUGUUGUGGCGUUCAUCCCCAUGAACUGUAGGCUAUCCUCUGAGUUUGCGUAAAAAAUGUACAGUUAUAGUUUAUAUAUAUAUACACACACACAAUCUAUUGGGGCAAAUUUAUGAUACCGUUUUUACAGGAUAUGAGUGUCAUACAUGAAUACUUGCUUAGUUUCCUCCCCCAUUAUACAUUAUAUUUAUAAAACAAUAGGAAGAAAAAAAAGGCAGCUCAAUGCUUUUAAAUGCAUUCGGAAAGUUUGCAUUACUGCAACAAACAUAUAGCAGCGAGUGCCUGUGAUAUAUACCAAGCUAAACAGUUACGAAAAAGUCCAAAUAAAAACAUAAUUUAGGAUCGAAUACGCAGCGAAAUUCAAAAGGGAAUGAGUAUGGUUGGUCGAUUUAAAGCGUGAUACCUACCUGUCAGGUGUAAUGUUGUGUACCCACAAUACAAGGUCACAUAUGGGCAAGACUACACAGAGUGCAUAGGAAAUCCAAAUAAUUUAAUCAUAGUGCAGAAUAAUAUUGUUAAAUUAUAAAUAGGGGCAUGUAUUUUCGCAAAAAUAUUUAGAGACUAUUGCUGAGAUUUAAAACACUGAAGCAUCGUCUGUGUUCCGUGAUUGGUUGAGUUUCUUUCAGGUGCAUGUCUACCGUCAGCACACCAAUCACAGUAUUUCAGUGUAGAAGCAAAGUUUCCUGAAUGGCUCAGUCAAAUACGACAAUGGCUUCACUCGCAGACGGCCGCUAAUUCUAAGGGAACAAUCGCUAUCACAGGCAUAUCUCGUUGGAGUCUAAUUAGCAAUCAGAUUUUUUCAUGAAAAUACAUGUCCCUAAUGAUAAUGCAUACAUACUGUGUGUUCAUUUGAAUUUAUAAACUGUUCUGACAAGUAAUUCUCCAAUAGUUUGCCAAUCACCAGAGUUUUGAGGUUAGCAUCUACAUAUUUAAAGUAUAGUAGGAUGGUUCUCACGUGUAUUUUAAACUGUUACCAUUUUAUACUGCCAAUAAAUACCAAAAUUACAUAUUUAGUAAUUAAAACUAUGAAUGUGCAGCGGUCAGGACCGCUGCCUUCAAACUUCGCGCUUCGGGCGAUAGAAAUAUAAGCUUUCAAAUGUAUAUAUUGUCUGUAGUUACUAUGUUUUAAAUUAUAUUUAUUGAUGUUAAGAUAUGUUUUGGAUUGAGUAAACUUGCAACUGAGUACUUAUUGCAUUUGAAAAUUAAACUAUGCAGUUUCUUAUUUAGCAAGCAUAUUCGUAUACGGAAUAAAAUAUAAUUAGCUACCGUAUAAUUAGCCUGUAACGUUGAUUAAUAUGACGUAUGUCUUAUGAAUUUCUUUUAUAUUGACAGAAACAAAUCCAUAAAUAAUUAUAUUAUAUAAGUAUUCCAUAUUCCUUAGUUCCUCUGAAGUCACUCUAUACACAUUUAUACUAGUGUUAAGUCUCGGUACCCCACGCAAUAUUGAUUUUUUAUUUUUUUCUCAUUAAUUCAAUACCACCCUUGCAGAUGCAGUUCGGUCGCAGAUAUUUUUAACAUAUAUUCAUUAAGUGUAAUAUGAUGGGUGUAAUAUGUCGCGCAAGAUAUAAUAACUACGAAGCCUAACGCAAAUUUAUACAUUCAAUGUAUAUUACACUAAGUACAUAUGUGUUGAAAAUAUUUGUCAACAAAAAAAUGUAUGGUAUGAGAGGUAUCAAGACACACUUUUAGAAUAAGCCAUUAAAUAAAAGUAAUGACGGAAAAAUGAAAAAAAUAUUUAACAAGGCGUGUGUGUGACCGAGCCUUAAAGUAAAACAGUAGAAAAAAUCUCUUUAAUUUUCAUUUGUAUACAGUUGAUAUGCUAUGUGACAGAAAGUUAUUUCUAGUUUAUUAAAAUGUUUUGAAUAAAAA